AUGUCGGAAGUAAUCAGAGACGACGACGUGCGCCGGCGCGUGCGGCUGGUCGAGGAGUUUCUAGAUCCGCAGGACGUGUCGGCGCGCAGCUACCGGCCAGACAUCCUGGUCAUGCUCAACCGGGCGCAGCGGCGGCUCACGGUCAGCAUCGACGAGGUGCGCACGCACAACCGCGAGCUCGCCGACGGGCUGCUCAACGAGCCCUUCGACUUCGCCGACGCCUUCAACCGCGCGCUCAAGAACGUGGUCAAGACCUUCUCGGACCGCCCCAAGCACGAGGGCGGCGAGGAUGUCGUCUACUACUGCGCGUACAUCGGCAGCUUCGGCGAGUUCUCGUGCAACCCGCGCACGCUGGGCUCGGCGCAGCUCAACCACAUGGUGUCGCUCGAGGGCAUCGUCACCAAGACGUCGCUGGUGCGGCCCAAGGUGGUCAAGAGCGUGCACUACAACGAGAACAAGCAGAAGUUCCACUUCCGCGAGUACCAGGACCAGACCAUGACGACGGGCGCCGCCAGCUCCAGCGUCUACCCGACCGACGACGGCGAGGGCAACCCGCUGGUGACCGAGUACGGCUACUGCACCUACCGCGACCACCAGACCAUCUCCAUCCAGGAGAUGCCCGAGCGCGCCCCCGCCGGCCAGCUGCCGCGCUCCGUCGACGUCAUCCUCGACGACGACCUGGUCGACCGCGUCAAGCCCGGCGACCGCGUCCAGCUGGUCGGCAUCUACCGCUCGCUGGGCAGCCGCAACGCCGGCGCCGGCAGCUCGACCUUCCGCACCCUGGUCCUGGCCAACAACAUCAUCCUGCUGUCGUCCAAGUCGGGCGGCGGCAUUGCCCAGGUCACCAUCACCGACACCGACAUCCGCAACAUCAACAAGAUCGCCAAGAACCGCCGCGUCUUCGAGCUGCUCUCGCAGUCGCUGGCCCCGUCCAUCUACGGCCACGACUACAUCAAGAAGGCCAUCCUGCUGCUGCUGCUGGGCGGCCAGGAGAAGAACCUGGAGAACGGCACCCAUCUGAGGGGCGACAUCAACAUCCUCAUGGUCGGCGACCCCUCGACGGCCAAGUCGCAGCUGCUGCGCUUCGUCCUCAACACGGCGCCCCUCGCCAUCGCCACAACCGGCCGCGGCUCUUCGGGCGUUGGUCUCACCGCCGCCGUCACCUCGGACAAGGAGACGGGCGAGCGGCGUCUCGAGGCUGGUGCCAUGGUCCUCGCCGACCGCGGCGUCGUGUGCAUCGACGAGUUCGACAAAAUGUCCGACGUCGACCGCGUCGCCAUCCACGAAGUCAUGGAGCAGCAGACCGUCACCAUCGCCAAAGCCGGCAUCCACACGUCGCUCAACGCCCGCUGCAGCGUCAUUGCCGCCGCCAACCCCAUCUUCGGCCAGUACGAUAUCCACAAGGACCCGCACCGCAACAUCGCACUGCCCGACUCGCUCCUCUCCCGUUUCGAUCUGCUCUUCGUCGUCACCGACGACAUCGAGGAUGCGCGCGACCGACAGAUCUCGGAGCACGUCCUGCGCAUGCACCGCUACCGCCAGCCGGGCACCGAAGAGGGCGCCCCCGUCCGCGAGGAAGGUGCCCAGCUUCUGGGCGUGGGCCUCGAGACCGAGGCUGACGCCAACCGCCCAACGGACGUCUACGAAAAGUUCAACCCCAUGCUGCACUCCGGCGUGACCAUAACAGUCGGCCGCGGCGCAUCACGAAGGACCGAAGUCCUUGGUAUUCCCUUCAUCAAAAAGUACAUACAGUACGCCAAGCGUGAAAAGCCUAUCCUUACAAAGGGCGCCGCAGACCACAUCGUCGCCGUGUACUCGGCAUUGCGAAACGAUGAGUUGGACUCUGGGACGCGUCGCACUUCCCCCAUCACUGCACGUACCCUCGAAACCCUCAUUCGUCUGUCAACAGCACACGCCAAAGCCCGUCUAUCAAAGCGCGUCGAACAGCGAGACGCAGAUGUGGCGGAGCAGAUCCUACGCUUUGCCCUCUUCAAGGAGGUCGUUCAGGACGAUCGCCGCAAGCGGAGGAGGACUGUUCGCGACCCAGACGCUAUGUCCACAGACGGCGAGUCUUCGGGCGACGAUGACGACAAGGGUGACGAGGGUCAGGCCACUCCAUCGCAACGCGCCGACGGUCGUUCGACGCGCAGCCAACGAACAGGCGCAACACACACGCCUGUUCCCGAAGACAAUCAGCCUGAAGAAGAGGAGGACGAGGAUCUCUACCGCGUUACGCCACGGACGCAACGCAUGACAGGACGUACACAAUCGUCUACCGGCGCCGGCCCCUCUUCACAAGUCAGUGCUGCGUCUUCACAACCAGAAAGCCAACUUCCGCCCACACAGCCCGAAUCUCAAGGCAUCUCGCCACAGCGCCUUCAGGUCUUCCAGACAGCACUAGGCCAGCUCAUCGACACCCCGUUGUUUGCCAACGAUGCCGCGGAUAUGGAGCCGCUUGUUGCCGCUGUGAAUGCGAGGCUGGGUCGGGGAGGUGGCAGUGGGAGAGAAGCAUUUGGGGAAGAGGAGGCAGAGAAGGCACUUGAGGCGCUUAGCGAAAGGAACAAGAUCAUGUAUAGUGGUGGGAUUGUCUACAAGAUCUAG